GAGAGAGGAGAGAGAUCUGUGAUUGCUCGUUACGCGGUCACAUCCACGCGUGGUCGUGGUGGUGGUGGUCGUGGUGGUUGUUGGUGGUGGUGUUGGCGCUCGCGUUAGAUAUGGAACAGGUUCGACGUUUCGGUCACUGUGGCAGCAGCGCGCUUCCUGAAGAGAGCAGAUGGGGUAGAGAAUAAACCAUCAUCAUCAUCUCGAGAAAGAAAGAGAGAGAGAGGUGUAAGUGGCCGCAAAUGUCCAGCGCCAGCGUCGCGGAGCUCGCCAUGAGACGCGGCUGCGCAUCGCCACAACCCGCCACGGAGAGCGGCAGCGGCAGCAGCUACACGCUCUUCACCACGCACGACCUGCCCAGCCAUCACCACCACCACCAGUAUCCCCAACAACAACAACAUCAGCACCAUCAUCAUCAGCAGCAGCAGGGCCAGGAGCUGCCCGUGGCGGCUUGGAGCGAGCGCGUGUCCAUCAACGUGUCGGGGCUGAGGUUCGAGACGCGUCGCAGCACCUUGGAGCGCUUCCCCCGCACGCUCCUGGGCGACGCCUCUCGCCUCCUGCGAUUCUUCGACCCGCUGCGCGACGAGUACUUCUUCGAUCGCAACCGCGACAGCUUCGGCGCGAUCCUCUUCUACUUCCAGUCGGGCGGCAGCCUCCACCGGCCCUCCGUGGUGCCCCACGGCCUCUUCGUGGAAGAGGUGCGCUUCUACGACCUGGGCGCCGAGGCGCGCGGCCGCCUCUGCGAGGAGGAGCGCUGUUCCCGGGAGGAUCCAGACCGGCCGCCGCCGCUGCCGCGCAAUCGCCUCCAGCGGCGCGCCUGGCUCCUCUUCGAGCACCCCGAGAGCUCCGUGUGGGCGCGCGGCGUCGCUCUCGUCUCGGUGCUCGCCACGCUCGCCUCCGUGGUGGUCUUCUGCCUCGAGACGGUGCCGCACGGCGAGCGGAAGAGCGGCGACGAGAAGGGGGCGAGGGGCGAGGAGGGGGGCACGGCAGGCGCGUUCGCCGUCGAGGUGGCGUGCAUCGCCUGGUUCUGCCUCGAGCUGCUGGUGCGCUUCUGCGCGUGCCCCGUUAAGGCGGCCUUCUUCAAGAACUUCAUGAACAUCAUCGACGUGCUCGCCAUCGUACCCUUCCUCACCAUGCUCUGCCUGCCCGACGCCGACAUGCAGAGCGCGCAGCAGCAGGCGCUGUCCUUCGCCAUCCUCCGAAUCGUGCGCCUCGUGCGCGUCUUCAGGAUCUUCAAGCUGUCGCGACACUCCAGGGGGCUGCGCAUCCUCGGGCAGACCCUGAACGCGUCGAUGCGCGAGCUCGGCCUGCUCGUCUUCUUCCUCUUCAUCGGCGUCGUCCUCUUCUCGAGCGCCGUCUACUACGCAGAGGUGGACGAGCCGCUCACCAACUUCACGAGCAUCCCCGUCGCCUUCUGGUGGUCCAUCAUCACCAUGACCACGGUGGGCUACGGCGACAUGUACCCCAUCACGCUGGGCGGGAAGAUCGUGGGCACGCUGUGCGCCAUCGCCGGCGUGCUCACGAUCGCGCUGCCCGUGCCCGUGAUCGUCUCCAACUUCAACAACUUCUACCACCUCGAGAUGGACGGCGGCGGCGACUCCACUCGCGCCUGCGCCGACGACUUCGAGCCAAGCGACGCCGACGACUCGGUCGCCACCGCAGGAGGCCCCGGGAUCAUCUCCUGCCCCACCUCCUCCUCCACCUCCUCCUCCUUCUGCUGCUGCUGCCGCCCGUCUCGCGGGGCGAUCAGUCCCGGCGACAUGACGCCCGGCACCGACGCGCCCCAGACGCCCGAGUCGCCGAGGAAGGAGCCGAAGGAGCGGGAGACGGAGGAUGAGAAGGGGUCGACGUUGAAACUCCGCGAGAUGGGAGACGCGGCACUGGGCGACGAGGAGGAGGAGGUCGAGGAUGAGGAGGAGGAGGAGGAGAAGGAGGAGCGCGCGAGCGAGCGGUGCUUGCACUCUUCCCUGGAGUGGGAGGCGAAGGAGGAGGUCGUGGUGGAGACUGACGUGUGAUGGACCUCACGUCUCCCUGCGUCUCCAUCUCUCUGUCUCUCUCGCCUCCCUCUCGCUCUCGUGCCUCGCCUUAUCUCUCCGUGUCUCUCUCUCCGUGUCUCUCCCUGCGUCUCCAUCUCUCUCGCCUCUCUCUCGCCUCCCUCUCGCUCUCGUGCCUCGACUUAUCUCUCCGUGUCUCUCUCUCCGUGUCUCUCUCCGUGUCUCUCUCUCGUGUCUCUCCGUGUCUCUCUCUCGUGUCUCUCUCUCGUGUCUCGCUCUCUGUCUCUCUGUGUGUCUCACUCUUUGUCUCUCUCCGUGUCUCUUCCUGCGUCUCGCUCUCUGUGUUUCUCUCUGUCUCUCUCCGUGUCUCUCUUCGUGUCUCUGCGUGUCUCUCACUGUGUCUCGCUCUCUGUCUCUCUCCGUGUCUCUCUCCGUGUCUCUCUCCGUGUCUCUCUCUCGUGUC